UUAAAGUGGGCCAGAUAAAAAAAUUUGGGCUGUAACGCAACGACUGGGGUCAUUAAAUAGCGGCUUCUACCCUGGGCUUCGGAGAUGCAAUCGCCGGGCGGGUGAAAAGCAUUUGUAUUCAAGACGGGAGUGUGUCAAACUACCGUUGGUGUCGCCCUUUGGGCUGCGUGUAGAACUGCGCCUUGCUGUUCCCGCAAUGUCUAACUGUGCAACUGAUAGCAGCACACACUGCCGUAGACAGACCUAGUUGGCAUCCAGAUGCAAGCGUCUCCGCAAUGGAACAGGAUCAGAAGGUGCAAGAGAAAUGCGGUCCACGCAGUCGCAUCCCCAGACUGGUUCUCCGCCCUUAUUCCCACAUCCAGAAGCGAUCGCCUUCGUCUGAAUCGCCCUUGUCCGAGGAAGAGAGCCGAGAUUACGACCUGAGCUCCAGCCAGUCGCGGAGAUCCACCGCUACCGACAGCAGCAUCAGUUUCUGUUCAGACGAUACUGGAUGUCCAAGCAGCCAGUCGGUAUCCCCGGUUAAAUCUCCUUCAAAGUUGGCCAAUAUUGUCUUAACGAUUCCUACGGUGAAUGAAGAAGAGGGCGGAAAGAAAAAUAACUCUGGAACUGAGUGGAAUACUCACCAUAUUAAACAUAAGAGGGAGCAGAAGUCAUGCCUAGUGCAGCCAGGGAGUGAAGCUGACUUUAGUUCAUCCAGCAGCACAGGCAGCAUCUCAGCACCUGUAGGUCUAAUGUCCAACUCAGGGAGCAAGCGGAGCUCGGCUUCUCGCAGCCGUGGCGUACAUGGAAGAAGCAGCACUUCCAGUGGACACAAACAGUCGGGGAGCCCAACCCUUACGCGGGAUAAAGAUCCAGUCUCCGCGGUGUGCAAAAGUACAGCCAACAUCCGUGAUGUCUAUGGUGCAUCAUCUCGUAGCAGCAGCAGUAACUCCGGUUCAUACAAAGGCAGUGACAGCAGCCCAACUAUCAGGCGGUCUGGUAAAUACACCUCUUGCAGUGAUAAUCAUGGCAUUAAGCCUCCUAACCCGGAGCAGUACUUGACCCCACUGCAGCAAAAGGAAGUUACCAUUAGACAUCUGAGGACAAAACUAAAGGAUUCUGAAAGCAACCUUCAAGAGAGGUGGGAAUCUGAAGUUGUAGAUCUCAAGUCGCAGCUUGCUCGCAUGCGAGAAGACUGGAUUGAGGAAGAAUGCCACCGAGUUGAAGCACAGCUUGCACUAAAAGAAGCACGGAAAGAGAUUAAACAACUCCGUGAGGUGAUUGACACUAUGAAGAACAGCUUGGUAGAGAAGGAUAAAGGGGUCCAAAAAUAUUUUGUUGACAUUAAUAUCCAAAACAAGAAGCUGGAGUCUUUGCUGCAGAGCAUGGAGUUGGCUCAGAAUGGUGCGUCAAGGGACGACUCAUCAUUGGACUGCAUGUGUCCAUCGCCUGUGAAAUCAUUGGCUCGUAGCACAACCUACACUAAAAUGGCUGAGGCCAUGGCCCUUGAAGACCAGGCUGUUGAAGAAAUGGCUGAUAGUGGGCUGCUCGCCAAUGAUGCUAUGGCAAGCAGAGCAGAUCUCUUUGACCAAAUACUGAGGUCCAGACCCACUGAUGGUAGCCCAGGAGAUGGCAGUUGGCCACAAGCCAAUGAAAUGCAGGCUAUCCUUGCCAACAGUCCAGCAUUUAAUAUUUCUGCUCCAAGUAUGAUCUUUAUGACAAGUGAUAAUAGGCUGGUGAGGGAACAGGCGAUCCAGACUGAUGUAGUACCAUAUAGUCCAGAUGUACAGAGUCUCAUUCUACAUAUUCAAAAAUCCCAACAAAACAGCCCAGUCAGCCCAAUAUCUUCAACCUGGGUGUCAGAGGCUGGCCAAACAGAAUGUGCAUUGGAGUUUGAUGCUUUAAUGGAUUUAACUCCAAAUAAUCCUAAUACUGCUAUUCUGGUGUCUAGAUUAGAAUGUGUUAAUCAUGUCAAGAGCUCCCCAGCAAGCACCCACAAUGAACAAGCACAGUACCAACCUAGCAUAAACAGUACGAUGGAGUCCACUUUUACAUCAGCCAUUGAUCAAACAGAUAGUAACGGAUUUAGUGUUUCGGAGGAUCAGCCAUCUGCAGUGUGUCAGAAAAGUUAUUGGAGCAAGCAUUUCAUUGUUGAUUUAUUGGCAGUGGCUGCACCUGUAGUGCCGACGUUGGCAUGGAUAUUUUCCACACACAGAGGUAGAUCGGGGGGACUGUACAAUAUAGGGGCACUUUUGCGUGGGUGUUGUUUGGUGGCCUUGCACUCUCUGCGCACACAGCACACACAAUGUUUACCCCCUCAUUUAAAAAAAUGAUUCCAUUAAUUGCACUUAAAUUUUAGUUCAGGACACUUGAAAAAUACUGGAAUUAGCUUACUGAGUUGUGUUUGUGUGUGGCUCGGGUGUUUCAACACAUCAGUGAGAUUUAAUUUGCACUGCUGAUAUGUAUAGAUAUAUUGACUUAAAGUGAUGAGUUUACAGUGUUGCAAGUGGCUUUUGAAGAAUGGUUAAUUUAUAAAUGUGAAUGUUUUCAUUGAACGAAGGAGAGAAAGAAACUGAAGUGGCCAAAGUUGACCCUCUGCUGAGCAAUGUAGCUAAAUACUUUGUAGAGGUUAUGUUUCACUAAAAGCAUGGGAAAGUGCAGUCUUUUUAAGAGUACAAGCUGGCAUUCAAUUUUAAACACUAUUACAAUAACUAGUUACUAUUUUAAGCACAGGUUAAUUCUCAAUGGUGAAAACUGCUUCAAGGUUCAAACAAAAUCGUUCAUCCCUCUAAGGUAGCUGGAUCUGUUCAAACAUAUUAAGUUCGGCUGUAUAUAUUGUUGCUGUUUUAAGGAGCUGCAGUUUAAUGGCUAUGCUGUAUUUUUAUGUUAAUGAUAAAAAUGGAGGGCAACCAGAGCUUCUUGGCCCUUUGCGGUCAGUUUGUUCUGGACCCUUGUAACUGUUGUGUUGCAUCAAGACAAGCAUCGACUAGUUGGAGCAGUUUGUGACUGUGACCUGUUCUGAGUGUUGCUAUGUACAGUCCAUGGACAUGCUUUAAAAAGUAGUGAACAAAAUGCUUCUCUGUAUUUGCUACUUACAAAAUAGCAUUUGUUAUAUUUGUGUUGUUUUCGAGCUAUGUGCAAUAUUGCUGAAUAACCGUUCUACAUUGUACUUAGGAUGUUUCUGUAUUAAAAGGGUAUACAUUUACUAAAUUAAAGCAUGCCAAAAAUUCACCUGAAAUUUUGUCCAUUGCCUCACCUCUGAAUUCUUGCCUCUUGUCUUGUGUACAAAUAGAGUUUUAAAGUCAUUUUUGUGUAAAUGUAAUCCUUAUUAAAAACAGGAAUCUAAUGUCCAUAUUAAAUGCUUAUGGUGAAAUUUACAAAUAAGUGUAUCAUGCUGUAUAAUUUAUUUAUCUCCAUCUAAAACAUUGAAGAGAACAAUAGCA